AUGGUGAAUAAGUUUUGUGUACCGGGCUGCACUGGCAACUACCGGACUGGGAAAAAGAUAUCUGUGUUCAGAUUUCCAAAGGAUGCUGAACUGAGGAAGAAGUGGACACAUGAUAUUCGACUGCAGAACUUCACUCCCUCUGAACAUUCAGUGGUUUGUCAAGAACACUUCAGUCAGAGUGACCUGAUUCUUCAAAGCACAGCAGUUGACUGGAAAACAGGGCGAACUUCGACAUUGCCUCUAGAAAAACCAAGACUGAAAGAAAAUGCUGUGCCAUGUUUCCUGCCAAACUGUCCCAGUUAUUUAAGCUCAAGACAAGAAGUUCAACAAGAGCCCCCAAGUCAAAGAAGGCAAUGGCUAGAAGCAGAUGCCUUAAGUAAAGCUGUGUCUGAAAGUAUAGAAACAGUUUCUGCACAAAGGGAAAAUGACAGUUUUAAGAUAGUAGUGAAUUUUUGA